AGCGGCAUUCCAACAGGUACUUCCAUUCUUAUGAAGCUGAGCACGCUACAGGGAAUGACCGCUCUUCGUCCCUUCUGUAGAACAAAGUAGCAGCUCAGCUCUGCUGGGUCUACCAGGGUCACGUGACCAACCGGCUUCCGGCUUCGUCCCCAGGCUUUCCUGAGUCUCUCUUCCUGUGCUCCGGCAUAGGCCCGCGUGUCGGGGUUCAGCGGUUCCGGGGCUGCCGUGGCCCCGACCCUCGUGGCUGCGACCUGAGCGCCCAAACACCGGCGCAUGGAGGGGGCCACGGAGAGAGCCUUGCAGGGGGCCUCUCCCGGGAACUCGCAGGGGGCUGCACCCGCUGUAGCACUGGCCGCGGUGCUCAAGCACAGCUCCGAGUUGCCGCUGGAGAGCGCCCGGGUUCGGGGUUACGACUUCAGCCGUGGGGUGGAUUACCGCGCACUUCUGGAGGCCUUCGGUACCACGGGCUUCCAGGCCACCAACUUUGGGCGGGCGGUGCAGCAAGUCAACGCCAUGAUUGAGAAGAAACUGGAGCCGCUAGCAGAGGAUGAAGACCAGCACGCAGACCUGACACAGAGCAGCCGGCCACUCACGGGCUGCACUAUUUUCCUAGGCUACACAUCCAACCUCAUCAGUUCCGGCCUCCGGGAGACCAUUCGCUACCUCGUGCAGCACAAUAUGGUGGACGUAUUGGUGACCACUGCUGGAGGUGUAGAGGAAGACUUCAUCAAGUGCUUGGCACCCACAUACCUUGGGGAGUUCAGCCUCAAGGGGAAGGAGCUCCGGGAGAAUGGGAUUAACAGGAUAGGGAACCUGCUGGUGCCCAAUGACAAUUACUGCAAGUUUGAGGACUGGCUGAUGCCCAUUCUGGACCAGAUGGUGCUGGAGCAGAACACCAAGCAUGUCAAGUGGACACCUUCCAAGAUGAUUGCCAGGCUUGGCAAGGAGAUCAACAACCCAGAGUCAGUGUAUUAUUGGGCCCAGAAGAACAAUAUUCCUGUGCUGAGCCCUGCACUCACGGAUGGCUCCUUGGGCGACAUGAUCUUCUUCCAUUCCUACAAGAACCCUGGCUUGGUCCUUGACAUCGUUGAGGACCUGCGGUUCAUCAACAUGCAGGCCAUCUUUGCCAAGUGCUCUGGGAUGAUCAUCCUGGGUGGAGGCAUGGUCAAGCACCACAUUGCCAAUGCUAACCUCAUGAGGAAUGGGGCCGACUAUGCCGUCUAUAUCAACACGGCCCAGGAGUUUGAUGGCUCGGAUUCAGGUGCCCGGCCAGAUGAAGCUGUCUCUUGGGGCAAGAUCCGGAUGGAUGCACAGCCAGUCAAGGUGUAUGCUGAUGCUACCCUGGUCUUCCCUCUGCUUGUGGCCGAAACCUUCGCUCAGAAGGCAGAUGCCUUCACAUCUGAGAAGAACAAAGGCUAAGAAGAUGGGGACCAGGCCUGGUGUUCUCAUGUACUCCUUUAUGUAUUAAGUUUAUACCCCCUGCCCCUCCCCUGGGGCCCACUCCUUGCUUAGCAGUGUCUCUAGAAUAAAUAGUCUCUACUAGGUC